CUGACAACACAUAUAUACAAGCAUCCCUUCAAACAUUCUCUUUCGUUUCUCUAUAAAACCAUCAAAAAAAUUACUUUAAUCGUUUAAUUUUAGCCCAAUUUUUCGUUCCUCUAAAGCUGAUUAUUGAUCCCUCUUUUUUCCUUUUUCUCAAAAUAUUUCUAGCUAGCUAGCUAGCUCCUCUACUUGCAAUGGGAAAGCACCUGAGCAGCAUAGAUUCACCUUCACCAUCACCAUCGCCAUCACCUGCAACGCCAUCUCCAACAACUUUCGUUCAGGCUGAUGCAAACACCUUCAGGGACCUGGUCCAGAAGCUUACAGGAUUUGCCUGCGACACAGAGAAACUCCCUCUUACUUUCCGGUUAUCUUCCAAAACCUCCCUUCCAAGUGACCCAACAGCACCACGCCGUCCACCUUUCAAGCUCCAAGAACGUAGGCAACGACAGUCUAUGAGAAAGCUGGAGAUCAAGCUUGGUCACGCCACUAUACGCAACUCACCUACUCACUACGUCUCUCCUCCCAGCCAAGCUCCUCUCCGGCUUGACUCGCCCAUUCGCAGUCCAGUGACUCCACUAGGAUCUGAAUCACUCUUUUACUCGAGUUCUUCUGGCACCCUAUCACCAUCAUCACCUGCUCGUAUGGUUUCGGAGGAGGAAAAGGUGAUCGCUGAGAAGGGAUUUUACUUGCACCCAUCACCAUUAAAUACGCCUAGAGGAACCCAACCACCGGAGCUCUUAACACUUUUUCCAAUUACUUCACCAGGUCAGGAGAAACGAGAUUAGGUUAUUCUAUUAAUAUGCUAAAAAAAAUGAUAGUAAAACUUUUUACAACUUUUUCCCCUUGGAUUAUUUGUGGGUUAAAAGGUGUUAUUGUUACUAUUGGUGUAUGAGUAUCCUUGUCUGUAGGGGUUGAUAUCAUGGUUUCUUGUAGUUUUACAGGGUAGAAAUUAUGUUAAUAACUACAUGUUACAGAAAUUAUGAUGAUUAAUUAUCUUUAUUAUUCUCA